AUGCGCCGUCUCAAUCUGGCCCUGCUGGCCACGUUCCAGCUCUGCAGAGCUCGGACACCUGGCUUCAACGUCCACAGCGACCUCCUCGCAUACCCUCAGUACGAAGUAAUCUUUGCGGACGGUGCCAUAUCCGACAAGGACGCACAGUCUCUUCUGGACAGGGACUCGCAGCACCACCCGACCUAUUCAGCAGACUUCACGCAGCCGACAGCUGGCGACAGCCGCGAUGGCAACGUCGCUGAUGCGCCCGAGGAAGCCCCCACGUACUCGUACGAGGUCAUGAACAUGGCACCUCACCGCUACCUUUGUUCCAUACCCGUGAUCCAACCCCCCGGACCGGAAAACCAGACGGCCAAUGAGCUUGCGAAGGCCGAGGAGGUGCGUGAGCUGCGGCGGGCGGCGGUGCACGGCUGGGAGCUCUUGGGGGAACUGGAAGACUCUUGCCUAUACUUCAUGUCCGGCUGGUGGAGCUACAGCUUCUGCAACAAUCGCGAGAUUGUGCAAUUCCACGCCAUGGCCGCGGUGCCCAACGGCCAGCCCCCGCGACCUGACCCUCACACCCAAGAGUAUGUCCUCGGCCGAGUGCCCACCAUCCCCGCCACCUCGGAGCGGCAAGGGCGACAAAAGUCGGAGCAGGGCCCUCCGGUGCCGGCAGAGCUCCAAGUAAAGGGCGACCAGCGCUACCUCGUGCAGAAACUCGAGAAGGGGACGGUCUGCGACCUCACGGGACGGGACCGGACCAUCGAGGUCCAAUACCACUGCGUGCCGGGGAUGAAGAGCGACAGGAUAGGAUGGAUCAAGGAGGUGACAAUUUGUGCCUACGUCAUGGUGGUCAACACCCCCCGACUCUGCGAGGACGUUGCCUUUUUGCCGCCAGAGGAAACAAAGGCGAACCCCAUCAGCUGCCAGCUGAUUGCCGACGUGGACGCUGCCACGCAGCCUCUCAUAGGCGAGAGCAAGCCGGUUAAGACUGAUGCUCCCGAGCCCCACGAGGAGAAAGAGGAAGAGGCCAAGGCUGAGGCUGCCAAGGAAUCCGAGGUCACGAUCGGCGGUGUCGUCGUGGGCGGGCGAAGAGUCUUGUCCAGCGCCGACGAGGCUGGCAAGCCACCCGUCAAGCUCACGCCCCCGCGAAACUACUUGUCCGGCCAGGCGGGCAAGGACCGACUCAUCGAGGUCGUCGUUCAGGCGGCCAGCAAGGCGGACGGCGGCAAAAUCACCACGCUCGACGCGGCGGAGCUAGAGAAGCUGGACCUCAAGCCCGACGUAGUCAAGGAGAUGACGAAGCAGAUGCAGGACAUUGCCGGCGACUCUGGCUGGAAGCUCGAGAUUGUGGAGCUCGAAGGCGAGGACCUGCGCGAGUUGAGGGGCUACAUUGACGACGAGGAGGGCGCUGAAGCUGGAGGCAAAAAGGGCAACGCCGAAAAGGAUGGCAUAAAGCAAGGCGGCGGCAAGAAAAAGGCGCCCAAGGAUGAGGCGCCAGACAAGGCCGAAGGCAAAGACGACGGCAGCGAGGAGAAGUUUUUCAAGGAGGAACUUUAG